AUGUUUUUCUUAUUAUCCUUAUGCCUUUCUAAAACGCCAAUGGUUGGUACAAAGCGUUUUCCUGAAAAGGUUGCAGCAAAUCCUUACACUCUUGUUUUGUUUACAACAAGAGGUUGCACUGAAUGCGAUAAAAUCUUGAAUGUGAUGGACGAUAUCAUAGAUAGAUUCGAAGGAAAAGUUGGUAUGAUUUCCGUCGAUAUUGAUGUUAGUAAGCCACUUCAAAAGAAGUAUGACGUCAAAGAAAUUCCUUCAGUUGCAAUUUUCGCUGGAUCAAAAUUCCUUAGAUUAUAUAAAGGAGAGUAUACUCAAGCAGGUUUGAUUUCCUUCUGCGAAUCUCUUACAAUUGGCGCAAUGACAACUCUAAAUAGCGUUUUCGAAGUUUUCGAAUUUCAGAACAAUCAAUAUCCAGCAAAUAUCGUUAUAGCUAACAAAUCAUUACUUCCUCUUGCUAAAAAUGUCAUGCCAUUGUUCCCAGGUUCACUUAAAUUUGCUUUUCUUCAGAACGAAACAGCUGCAGCUCAAUUAGGAAUAGAAAAUGCCCAAAUAACAAGACCAGUCGAUUUCUUUACACAAAACGUCUCUACAAUCGAUGCAGACGAAUUAUUGAAUUUAUCGAAGCCAAUGAUCGAAUUGAUUGUUAAUCCAGAGAACCUCGGCAACCCAGAUACACCACAUACACUUAUAGCAAUUCUCGACGAAAGAGAUCCACUUCAAAAGCACGAUAUCGCAAAAUUAUGGAGAAACGUUUCACAUUUGUACAAAGGCAAUCUUUCAUACCAGUUCUGCGACUACUACAAAUGCAUGCAAUUAUCGCAGUCUCUUGGCAUUGUAAAUUACGGAAAUCCUUUAUAUGUUCUUUCUUCAAAGAACGGAAUCAGAGCCAAAGUCCAAUUGUUCCAGAACCCAGAGCCAACACAAAGAGACCUCGAAAUCUUCUUAAAUAAGAACGUUUUAGGUAUUGAUGAACCAGAGUACAGAGAUAUGGAUGGAAUAGCUCGUCUUCGUGCUAAGGACUUCAUGCGUGUUGCUCUCGACCAGAAACGCGACGUAAUUCUCUUCAUGGCCGCUCCAAUGAUGCCGAAAUACAAAGAAGCCAAAGAAAACGCCAAAAUGCUUGUCGAAUUAUUCCAGAAUAUCAAGGGUAUAGAGAUCUACGAGUUCAAUCCUAAGACAGAGCUCGUUCCUGGCCUCCAAAUUCCGAAAGUUGACAAAGCAAUGUUUUCUAUUUGGCCAGCCACUCCAAAUCCAUCAGGAGCAAACAUCCCAGCAAACAAUCCACUUCCAUACAUUGUUGAUGAAAUAAUGCGUCAAAUUAAAACUAAAAUUGAUCCAACUUACUUCAAACAAAUCGCAGACAGGAUACAACAAUACAUGGAAGCUCAGAAGUGA